AUGAAUCUUAGUUUCUUGUCUUUCUGGCUCUUCGAGUUGAUAUUCAUAUUAACAACUAUUGAAGCUGCUGCUGAUGUUGAAAACAACCAUGUUAAGCGCAUUAUCGGUGCCAUUGUUGACAACACUUCUCGUAUUGGUAAAGAACAGAUUGUAGCUAUGGAGAUGGCGGUGGACGAUUUCAAUGGCGACAGGAAUCACAGUCUGGUUCUGCAAGUAAGAACCUCCAUGAGAGAACCUCUUCAAGCUGCCCUUGCAGCAAGGGAUCUUAUCAACACACAAGAAGUUGAAGCGAUUCUUGGACCACAGACAUGGGAAGAAACAUCAGUGGUUGCGGAGGUAGCCAGCAACGAUCAGAUUCCAGUUCUUUCUUUUGGUGAUGCAACUCCCAACUGGGCUGCAGAAAAGUGGCCUUUUCUACUUGAAGCGUCAUCAAACCAGUAUGCGCAAAUGAAAGCCAUAGCUGCAAUUGCGCAGUCCUGGGAAUGGCACCAGGUAACUGUAAUCUAUGAAGAUGUAGGUUCUUCGGCUACCGGAAUCAUACCUCAUCUCUCCGAUGCCUUACGAGAAGUAGGAGCAGAAAUUAGCCAUGUUCUUGCUCUACCACCUUUUAUAAUCAAUUCAUCUAGAUUGACCAAAGAGCUCCACAAGCUUAAAAGUAGGCCAUGUAGAGUGUUUGUGGUUCAUUUACCCUUGCCAUUAGCCGAAAAUCUAUUCGAAAGGGCGAAGAAGAUGAAGAUGAUGCAGAAAGACUAUAUUUGGAUAACUACAGACUCCUUUACGAGUGUUGUGCAUUCUAUCAAUGGCGCCACCAUCUCCUCGUUGAUGCAAGGAAUUAUCGGAGUUCGGAGCUACAUUCCUGAAGACAACCCACAGUUUCAGGAUUUCUCCAAGAGAUUUCACAAACGAUUUGGCUCAGAGUAUCCUGAGGAAAGUAACCACGAGCCUGGAGUUUUUGCGGUGCAAGCAUAUGAUGCCGUGCGGUCAGUGGCUUCAGCAAUGAGAGAAAGCAACAAGAAGGGAAAUAACCAAACGUUGUUACAGAGAAUUUUGCUUACUGACUUCUUCGGUUUAACAGGAAAGGUUCAAUUCAUCAACCAGAAGUUGGCUCCAGCUCGCAUAUAUCAAAUCAUUAAUCUAGUUGGAAGGAGUUACAGAGAACUUGGAUUCUGGACAGACGGAUUAGAUUUCUCUGAGACAAUCGAUAAUUCUACCGCUUAUAACUCUUCCCUGAAAGAUUUGGGGCAAGUUGUUUGGCCUGGGGCUCCUUUGUAUACCCCAAAAGGAUGGACAGAACCAGCAACCAGUGAAGAACCAUUGAGAAUCGGCGUGCCUGUGGGAAGCGAAUUCAAAGAGUAUGUGAAUGUUGCAUAUGAUGAGCAGGGAAAUGUCAGUGGCUUCGAUGGAUUUUCCAUUCAGCUUUUCAAAGCAGUAGUGGAGUUCUUGCCGUUCCAUUUGCCGUACAAUUUUUUCCCCUUCAAUGGCUCAUAUGAUGAUUUAGUAAGACAAAUUUCCUUGAAGAAGUUUGAUGCAGUAGUUGGGGAUGUAGCAAUAGUGUCGAAGAGAUGCAAGUAUGCAGACUUCACACAUCCAUAUACAGAAUCAGGAUUGGUGAUGAUAGUCCCAGUUCAGAAAUCAAGCAACAAAGCAUUGUUAUUCAUGAAGCCCUUUACAAAGGCGAUGUGGAUUUUAACAGUAAUCGUCAGCACCUACAAUGGCUUUGUGGUAUGGCUGAUAGAGAGAAAUCACUGGCCUGAGCUAACAGGCUCUGCAGUCCAUCAAACGGGAACCUUUCUGUGGUUAUCCUUCAGCACACUUUUCUCCUUAAAUGGCGAAAGACUACACAGCAAUCUGUCGAGGAUGACGAUGGCGGUGUGGCUGUUUGUGGCACUAAUCAUAAGCCAGACUUACACUGCGAAUCUCGCCAGCAUACUCACCGUGCAAGGCACGGAGCCAACAAUUGAUGACAUCGAAUCCUUGAAGAAUAGCAAUGCAAACGUUGGUUACUCUAAUGUAUCUUUCGUCAGAAGUUAUUUGAUCGACGUGUUGAACUUCAAAGGAGAAAACCUAAAGGGUUAUUCGUCUCUUCAAGAUUACGCCAACGACCUUAAAACCAGAGAGAUUGGAGCAAUAUUUCUUGAAGUUGCAGUGGCCAAAAUCUUCCUGGCAAGAUACUGCAAAAGCUUCACCACAGUUGGACCUACCUACAAAGUUGGAGGCCUUGGAUUCGCAUUUCCGAAGGGAUCUCCAUUGCUGCCUAGCGUGAUUGAAGCACUGCUGAAGGUAUCCGAAAGCGGGAAGCUGAGAGAACUAGAGAUGAGCAUGAUUACAGAUGUGGACUGUAUAGAGGUGGAUUUGGACGAUGACAUUUCGAGCCUCAGCCUCAACAGUUUCUGGGUAUUGUUUGUACUGACCGGAGCCACUUCAACGGUUGCUCUCAUAAUUUACGCCACUCACAUCCCCUGGAGACUUCACCUAAAUUUGCUGGUGCAUACAAAAAUUAUGACGCUGAUUUUGACUUUCUUGGGGCGUUGGGGGAUUUCUAAACAGCGAUUCUGUAGAAAAGUUAGCCGCUUGGGCACUCUUCCAACCUCUCAGAACGAAGAUGAAGCGGUGACUCCAAGCAGUUUGAGCAUUGAAAAAUCAUAGAAUAGAAAAGGUCAAACAGAUGAAAUUAUAUUUAUUUGCUUAAAGGGUGCUGACAGUAGUCGUGGGUGCCACGAUCACCAAUAUUUGCUUCAAAAA